CUCCGUCUAAAGCCGCAGCUCCUCCCUCUUGCAGAGCGAAGCAGGACCUCCAUUCAAACCUCCAAACUCAGAGGGAUGAAAGUGUAACUCCUUCGCGCUCCUCAGCCGCUGAUCACCGACCAGGCCGGCCGCACGCAGAUCGUGGAGAACGCGCUUUGUUUCGCAGACGUGUAGCUACGCGAGAAAGAAGGUGGAGGGGGACGACAGCUAGGGAUUCUGGUCGCGAUACUCACAAGUGGUUGCUAGCGAGCUGCUCCAACAGACUGCAAACAUGGCGAGCGCCUCUUACCACAUCUCUAAUCUCCUGGAAAAAAUGACUUCCAGCGAUAAAGAUUUCAGGUUCAUGGCCACUAAUGACUUGAUGUCAGAGUUGCAGAAAGAUUCCAUCAAGCUUGAUGAUGACAGCGAGAGGAAGGUGGUCAAGAUGAUCCUCAAACUUCUGGAAGACAAAAAUGGCGAAGUUCAGAACCUAGCUGUUAAAUGUUUGGGACCACUUGUCAGCAAAGUAAAGGAGUACCAGGUUGAAACGAUUGUCGACACAUUGUGCACGAACAUGCUGUCAGAUAAAGAGCAGCUUCGAGACAUAUCCAGCAUUGGCCUGAAGACAGUAAUUGGGGAGCUCCCGCCAGCAUCCAGUGGCUCUGCCCUUGCUGCCAGCGUGUGCAAAAAGAUCACAGGCCGCCUCACGAGUGCUAUUGCCAAGCAGGAGGACGUAUCUGUUCAGCUCGAAGCCCUGGACAUAAUGGCUGACAUGCUCUGCAGACAAGGCGGCCUGUUGGUGAACUUCCACCCCUCCAUCUUGAGCUGCUUGCUACCCCAGCUGACCAGCCCUCGACUGGCAGUGAGGAAGAGGACCAUCAUUGCCCUUGGUCACCUCGUCAUGAGUUGCGGCAACCUCGUUUUCGUGGACCUAAUUGAGCACUUACUGUCCGAGCUUUCCCGCAACGACUCCAUGUCUACCACUCGCACUUAUAUCCAGUGCAUCGCUGCCAUCAGCCGACAGGCUGGCCACAGAAUUGGCGAGUACUUGGAGAAGAUCAUUCCAUUGGUGGUGAAAUUCUGCAACAUUGAUGACGAUGAAUUGAGGGAAUACUGCAUACAAGCCUUUGAGUCAUUUGUUAGAAGGUGUCCAAAAGAAGUCUACCCCCAUGUCCCCACAAUAAUCAACAUUUGCCUCAAGUACUUGACCUAUGAUCCCAAUUACAACUACGAUGACGAGGAUGAAGACGAGAAUGCCAUGGAUGCAGAUGGCGUGGACGAAGACUACCAAGGAAGUGACGAUGAGUACAGUGAUGACGAUGACAUGAGCUGGAAGGUGCGGCGAGCAGCGGCCAAAUGCCUGGAUGCUGUUGUUAGCACUCGGCAUGAGAUGCUGCCCGAGUUCUACCGUACAGUUUCCCCGGCACUCAUAGCACGCUUUAAAGAACGUGAGGAGAAUGUGAAGGCUGACGUAUUCCACGCGUAUCUAUCCCUGCUCAAGCAGACACGGCCAGCCCAGAGCUGGCUCUGUGAUCCAGACGCCAUGGAGCAGGGAGAAACUCCACUCACAAUGCUUCAGAGCCAGGUGCCCAUGAUCGUUAAAGCUCUGCAUAAACAGAUGAAGGAGAAGAGCGUGAAAACCAGGCAGUGUUGCUUCAACAUGCUGACAGAACUAGUGAACGUGCUGCCUGGGGCCCUGACUCAGCACAUCCCUGUGCUCGUCCCAGGAAUCAUAUUCUCUCUUAAUGAUAAAUCAAGUUCCUCCAAUCUGAAGAUUGAUGCCCUCUCCUGUCUGUAUGUGAUACUGUGCAACCACCAGCCUCAAGUCUUCCACCCCCAUGUCCAGGCCUUAGUGCCACCCGUAGUGGCUUGCGUGGGUGAUCCCUUCUAUAAAAUCACUUCUGAAGCACUGCUGGUCACCCAGCAACUAGUACGGGUGAUCCGGCCCCUUGACCAGACGGACGCCUUCGAUGCCUCACCCUACAUCAGUGACCUGUUUGCUUGCACCAUCAAACGCUUGAAGGCAGCUGACAUUGACCAAGAGGUCAAGGAGCGUGCCAUUUCCUGCAUGGGCCAGAUCAUCUGCAACCUCGGAGACAGCCUGGGUACUGACUUACCAGGCACACUGCACAUCUUUCUGGAGCGGCUAAAGAACGAGAUCACCCGACUGACCACAGUGAAGGCACUGACGCUAAUUGCUGGUUCACCACUGAAGAUUGACCUGCGGCCCAUCCUGGGCGAGGCAGUGCCCAUCUUGGCCUCCUUUCUGCGCAAGAACCAACGGGCACUGAAACUGAGCACACUAGCGGCGCUGGACAUCCUGGUCAAGAACUACAGUGACAGUGUGACACCGGCCAUGAUUGAUGCUGUGCUGGCUGAGCUGCCACCACUCAUCAGUGAAAGCGACAUGCAUGUCUCGCAAAUGGCCAUCAGCUUUCUUACCACGCUGGCUCGCGUGCACCCAGAUUCGCUCUCUAAGAUCAGCGGCUCAAUCCUAGCUGAGCUCAUUGCGCUGGUGCGCUCACCGCUGCUUCAGGGUGGUGCCCUCAGUGCCAUGCUGGAGUUUUUCCAGGCACUGGUGGCCACUGGCACAGUCAGCUUGGGUUAUAUGGACCUACUGCGGAUGCUGACUGGCCCUGUGUACUCACAGAGCGCUGCCCUCACCCAUAAGCAGUCCUACUACUCCAUUGCCAAGUGUGUGGCUGCACUCACCCGAGCCUGUCCCAAAGAGGGCCCUGCUGUGGUGGGCCAGUUCAUCCAAGACGUGAAGAACUCACGCUCCACUGAUUCCAUUCGCCUGCUAGCCCUGCUCUCUCUGGGUGAGGUGGGCCACCACGUAGACCUGAGUGGCCAGCCUGAGCUCAAAACAGUCAUCCUAGACGCAUUCUCCUCAGCCAGUGAGGAGGUUAAAUCGGCUGCCUCAUACGCGCUAGGCAGCAUUAGCGUGGGUAACCUACCUGAAUACCUGCCUUUCGUGCUGCAGGAGAUUUCGGGUCAGCCCAAGCGUCAGUAUCUGCUGCUGCACUCACUCAAGGAAAUCAUCAGCUCUGCAUCAGUGGCCGGCCUCAAGCCCUAUGUGGAAAGCGUUUGGGCUCUACUGCUCAAACACUGCGAGUGCACAGAGGAAGGCACCCGCAAUGUAGUAGCCGAAUGUCUGGGGAAGCUCACGCUCAUAGACCCAGAGACAUUGCUGCCCAGGCUAAAAGGCUAUCUGUUAUCAGGGUCGUCUUAUGCCAGAAGCUCAGUAGUUACUGCUGUAAAGUUCACAAUUUCAGACCACCCACAGACAAUUGAUCCCCUCCUGAAAAACUGCAUAGGUGAUUUCUUGAAAACGUUGGAAGACCCAGACCUCAAUGUGCGAAGGGUCGCCCUUGUUACGUUCAACUCUGCAGCCCAUAAUAAGCCUUCACUUAUCCGAGACCUCUUGGACACUGUUCUCCCUCACUUAUACAAUGAGACCAAAGUGCGCAAAGAGCUGAUUAGAGAGGUUGAAAUGGGUCCUUUCAAGCACACAGUGGAUGACGGGCUGGACAUUAGAAAGGCUGCAUUUGAGUGCAUGUACACACUUCUAGACAGUUGCCUCGAUAGACUUGACAUCUUUGAGUUUCUUAACCACGUUGAAGAUGGACUUAAAGAUCAUUACGACAUCAAGAUGCUGACAUUCCUGAUGCUAGCCAGGCUGUCCACUCUGUGCCCUAGUGCUGUGCUGCAAAGGCUUGACAGAUUGGUAGAGCCUCUCAGAGCUACAUGCACCACAAAGGUAAAGGCGAACUCUGUGAAGCAGGAGUUUGAAAAGCAGGACGAGCUGAAGCGGUCAGCCAUGCGGGCGGUGGUUGCACUUCUGACUAUCCCUGAGGCGGAGAAGAGCCCCCUGAUGAGUGAGUUCCAGUCUCAGAUCAGCUCCAACCCUGAGCUGGCAGCCAUCUUUGACAGCAUCCAGAGGGAUUCCUCGUCAGCUAACAUGGAGUCCAUGGACACCAGUUAAACUGCGCCGACAACUUCUCUUACAACAAAAAGCUGUAAGAAAUCCAAUUCUGGGGGACCCUUUUAUCGUUCCAUGCAUUGCACUGAAUCAACUAUUAUAGGAGGAAAAAAACGAAGAAAAGCUAAAAAUGAAAAGGUUUAAAAAAAAAAAAUUAAAAAAAAAGGAAGGAAGAUGUACAAGCAAGACGUACAUUCUCUCUUAAGCUUCAGAGCUUAUCACCACGUUCCUUGUUUUUCCUUUUCCUUUUUAAAUUUUUUUUUUUCUUCUCUUGCAGUAGAGAAGAAAUUGCUUUGAUUGUUCGUCAGUCCUUGUUUCCCCCACCCCUCAACCACCACCAUAUUUUUUUUUUUGUCUGUUCUUUUUUUUGGUUCCAGUUUGAUAAUUCCAGAGGAUCCACAGGUACCUCCCCACACAGACUUUUGAGCGUUGCUCAUUUGAGGGACUCAAACAGAUGGCAUAGAAACAGACUGGGCGUGCUUCUUUUUUUGUGUUACCAAUGGAGAGGAAUUGUUCUCUACAUUUGGGACUGCAGACUUAUAUAGGAUUGACAGUGUUUAGUGGUAGCAUUCAGUAAGUUCAGAUGAUUUAAGGACCAUCUUUCUUUUGUUUUCUAUGUUACCAUGUUUCUUACCAGACCAGAUUUAAUGGGUGUUUUUGUACGAUUCGAAUGUCAUCAUCCCACUCGCGUCACCUUUGUCUAAACUGAUGUUGGGCGGUGAGGUGGUGAGCUCUCAGAGAUAUAACUGUGUUAGAAAUAUUCUAUUAAAAUGUGGUGUGGUUGGCGGAUGUUCUGGGACACAUGAAACCUGGUUUGUUUACCCCCCUUUCCAUGAUCUUAAAUGGCAGUCCAACAUUCCUCCCAUCUGCAGAUUUACAUGGUGUAAACAGCAUGUAUUAGACAUCAAGUGACUUAAAAUACACUCGGUGUGUGUGUAAGAUUUUUUUUUUUCUUUCCUUUUUUUUUUUUUUUUUUUAAUUGACAGUUCUGUUUGGCUCAAACAUAUAGAAGUGAAACCUGAAACCAACAUUAUGAGAAUGCUCUGUAUGGACAUGAGUUCCACACAUGUGAAUAAAACCAAUAUGAGUGGAGAAUAUUCUCUGAUCACAUGCA